GGUGUUACUGGUCUCACUGGUGUCACUGGUGUGUUACUGGUCUCACUGGUGUUACUGGUGUUACUGGUGUUACUGGUGUGUUACUGGUCUCACUGGUGUGUUACUGGUGUGUCACUGGUGUCACUGGUGUUACUGGUGUGUUACUGGUCUCACUGGUGUUACUGGUGUUACUGGUCUCACUGGUGUGUUACUGGUCUCACUGGUGUCCCACCAGUCCCACCCCUGACCCCCCCCCCUUUUCCCCCCCCCUCCCCCUUCCCCCCCGGCCCCGCCCGUCACCUCCCCUCCCCCCGCCAUGACGUCGCCCGCCAUGACGUCGCCCUCCAUGACGUCACCGGUGACGUCAUCGCCGCGCAAGGCCAAGGCCAAGGGCGCCCCCUUCGUCUGCGGCCUCUGCGCCAAGGAGUUCAAGAACGGCUACAACCUCCGGCGCCACCAGGCCACCCACGGCGCGGGCGGGGCCGCCGCCACGCCCAAGAGACCCCCCAAGGCCCCUCCCCCCACCAUGCUGCCCCUCCCCCUCCUCCCCGCCCCCCCCGCCCCCCAGGAGCUGCUGCCGGGCGAGGCCGCGCCCGAGGGGGGAGGAGUCAGUGGAGGGGGCGGAGCCGGCGGCGGGGGCGGGGCCUCGUCGCGCCGGCCCCCCCGGAAGAGCCACGCGUGCGACACGUGCGGGAAGGCGUUCCGGGACGUCUACCACCUGAAGCGGCACCGGCUGUCGCACACGGACGAGAGGCCCUUCCAGUGCCCCGUGUGCCAGCAGCGCUUCAAGCGCAAGGACAGGAUGGCCUCGCACGUGCGCUCCCACCAGGGCCACGUCCACAAGCCCUACGCCUGCGGCCACUGCGGCAAGAGCUUCUCCAG